GGCAGCAGCGUCCGGCGCGUGCACACGUUGCAGCAUCUUGCUGUCUGCUUCGUCGGGAGUGGAGUGGAGCGGGCGGCCCGGCGGGCGCUCUGACGGCUCGAUUGGCGGCCAUGGCGACGCUCUGUCUGACCGUGAAUGCGGGAGACCCUCCUCUGGGAGCUUUGCUGGCAGUAGAACAUGUGAAAAAUAAUGUCAGUAUUUCUGUCGAAGAAGGGAAAGAGAAUAUUCUUCGUGUGUCUGAAAAUGUGGUGUUCACUGACCUCCAUUCCAUACUUCGCUACCUGGCCCGGGUGGCAGUGUCAGCUGGCCUCUACGGCUCGAACCAGCUAGAGCACACCGAGAUCGAUCACUGGUUGGAGUUCAGUGCGACGAAAUUGUCUUCGUGUGAUUCCUUUUCUUCUGCACUUAACGAACUCAACAUGGGCCUGUCUCUGAGGACCUACUUAGUUGGAAACACUCUGAGCUUAGCAGAUUUGUGUGUCUGGGCCACCCUGAAAGGAAGUGCCGCAUGGCAGGAAGAGUUGACACAGGGCAAAGGCCCAGUGCAUGUUAAGCGCUGGUUCGGCUUCCUGCAAGCCCAGCAGCCCUUCCGGUCAGUCGGCGCCAAGUGGAGCAUUUCCCCAGCCAGAGCCAAAGGGGCAGCUGAGAAGAAGGCAGAUGUGGGCAAGUUUAUUGAGCUUCCUGGCGCUGAGAUGGGGAAAGUCACCGUCCGGUUUCCACCAGAGGCUAGUGGUUACUUGCACAUUGGGCAUGCAAAAGCUGCUCUUCUGAACCAGCACUACCAGCUCAACUUUAAAGGGAAGCUCAUCAUGAGAUUUGAUGACACCAACCCUGAAAAAGAGAAGGAAGAUUUUGAGAAGGUUAUCUUGGAAGAUGUUGCUAUGUUGCAUAUCAAGCCAGAUCAGUUCACCUAUACCUCAGACCAUUUUGAAACCAUCAUGAAGUACGCAGAGAAGCUGAUUGAAGAAGGGAAGGCAUAUGUGGACGACACCCCAGCAGAGCAGAUGAAGGCCGAGCGUGAGCAGAGAGCAGAAUCCAGGCAUCGAGGAAACUCUAUCGAAAAAAAUCGACAGAUGUGGGAAGAAAUGAAGAAAGGAAGCCCCUUUGGCCAGUCUUGCUGUCUGCGAGCCAAGAUUGACAUGAGCAGCAACAACGGGUGCAUGAGGGACCCCACGCUGUACCGCUGCAAGAUUCAGCCACACCCAAGAACUGGAACCAAGUACAAUGUUUACCCGACGUACGAUUUUGCCUGCCCCAUAGUUGACAGCAUCGAGGGAGUGACUCAUGCCCUGAGGACCACCGAGUACCAUGACCGAGACGAGCAGUUUUACUGGAUCAUCGAAGCCUUGGGCAUUCGGAAACCUUACAUCUGGGAGUACAGCCGGCUGAACCUCAACAACACUGUGCUCUCCAAGAGGAAGCUCACCUGGUUUGUCGAUGAGGGUCUCGUGGACGGCUGGGAUGACCCCCGCUUCCCCACAGUGCGUGGUGUUCUGCGGAGAGGGAUGACGGUGGAGGGGCUGAAGCAGUUCAUCGCUGCCCAGGGCUCCUCACGAUCGGUCGUGAACAUGGAAUGGGACAAAAUUUGGGCAUUUAACAAAAAGGUCAUUGACCCUGUGGCCCCCCGGUAUGUCGCCUUACUGAAGAGGGAAGUGGUCCCAGUGAACGUCCCUGAGGCGCGGGAGGAGAUGAAAGAAGUGGCCAAGCACCCAAAGAAUCCUGACGUGGGCCUGAAACCAGUGUGGUAUGGCCCUAAAGUAUUCAUUGAAGGGGCCGAUGCAGAUACGCUGUCCGAGGGGGAGAUGGUGACAUUCAUCAACUGGGGCAACAUCAACAUUACUAAAGUGCACAAAAAUGCAGAAGGGAAAAUUGUCUCUCUUGAUGCAAAAUUAAAUCUGGAGAACAAAGACUACAAGAAAACAACAAAGAUCACAUGGCUUGCAGAAAGCUCCCGUGCACCCCCUAUCCCCACCGUCUGCGUCACGUACGAGCACUUGAUCACAAAGCCUGUGCUUGGCAAAGAUGAAGAUUUUAAGCAGUAUAUUAACAGGAAUACGAAGCAUGAAGAGCUCAUGCUUGGCGAUCCCUGCCUUAAAGACUUGAGGAAAGGUGACAUCAUACAGCUGCAGAGACGAGGCUUCUUCAUCUGCGACCAGCCCUAUGAGCCUGUUAGCCCAUAUAGUUGCAAGGAAGCCCCGUGCGUCUUGAUAUAUAUUCCAGACGGGCACACUAAGGAGAUGCCAACCUCUGGGUCGAAAGAGAAGGCCAAAGUGGAAACAACCAAAAUUGAGGCUCCUUCGUCAAAGAUACGAGCUGCUCCUGCCUCAAGUACUUCUUAUGCUGCUGCAGAUGAUGCUUCAGGUCUGUACAGCCGUGUGGCUGCUCAGGGCGAUGCAGUGCGUGAGUUAAAGGCCAGGAAAGCCCCCAAAGAUGAGGUUGACGCAGCCGUCCAGCAGCUUUUGGCACUGAAAGCGGAGUAUAAAGAGAAAACGGGCCAGGAAUACAAGGCUGGAAGUCCUCCCACUGCUGCUCCCCCGAAGGCAGUUCCCAGUGCCUUGUCUGGCCAUGCUCUCUACCAGGAGGUCGCUGCCCAGGGCGAGGUGGUCCGGAAGCUAAAGGCUGAGAAAGCCCCCAAGGCUAAAAUUACCGAAGCUGUGGAAUGCUUACUGGCCCUGAAAGCUAAGUACAAAGAGCAGACUGGGAAAGACUAUGUCCCUGGUCAGCCCCUGUCCUCCCCAAGUGCAGAUUCAAGUCAAGCCAAAGGCUCUCAGCCCAGCGGUCCAGAAACACCUGAAGCCAAAGCCCUUUUUAACCAAGUGGCAUCUCAAGGGGAGACAGUGAGAAAGCUCAAAGCCGAGAAGGCCUCGAAGGACCAGGUGGACGGGGCCGUGCAGCAGCUCCUCCAGCUGAAGGCUCAGUACAAGUCCCUGACUGGGGUGGACUAUAAGCCAGUCUCUGCCACUGGGACUGAGGACAAAGACAAGAGAAAGAAAGAGAAAGAAAACAAAUCUGAGAAACAGAACAAGCCUGAGAAACAGAGUGAUGGUCCAAAGAAGGAGGCUGCCAAGAACCCAGGCGGUGGGCUGUCAUCCGGUGGGGCUGGAGAGGGCCAAGGGCCUAAAAAGCAGACUAGGCUGGGUCUGGAGGCCAAGAAGGAAGAGAACCUCGCAGAUUGGUACUCUCAGGUCAUCACAAAGGCAGAAAUGAUUGAAUACUACGAUGUGAGUGGCUGCUACAUUCUUAGGCCCUGGGCAUAUUCCAUUUGGGAAUCCAUCAAGGCCUUUUUUGACAUGGAGAUCAAGAAGCUAGGCGUGGAGAAUUGCUACUUCCCCAUGUUCGUGUCCCAGAGCGCACUGGAGACCGAGAAGACGCAUGUGGCUGACUUCGCCCCUGAGGUCGCUUGGGUAACGAGAUCUGGGAAAACUGAGCUGGCAGAACCCAUUGCUGUCCGCCCCACCAGUGAGACAGUCAUGUAUCCUGCCUAUGCCAAGUGGGUACAGUCCCACCGCGACCUGCCUGUGCGACUCAACCAGUGGUGCAAUGUAGUGCGGUGGGAGUUCAAGCAUCCUCAGCCCUUUCUGCGUACUCGUGAGUUCCUCUGGCAGGAAGGCCACAGCGCAUUUGCUACAUAUGAAGAAGCAGCGGAAGAGGUCCUGCAGAUACUCGACCUGUAUGCUCAGGUGUACGAAGAUCUUCUGGCCAUUCCUGUCGUCAAAGGGAGAAAGACCGAGAAGGAGAAGUUCGCUGGCGGGGACUACACCACCACAGUGGAGGCUUUCAUUUCAGCCAGUGGCAGAGCCAUCCAGGGAGCUACUUCCCAUCACUUGGGACAGAACUUUUCCAAGAUGUUUGAAAUCAUUUUUGAAGACCCUAAGAUGCCAGGAGAGAAGCAGUUUGCCUAUCAGAACUCCUGGGGCCUGACAACGCGCACCAUCGGCGUCAUGACCAUGGUCCAUGGGGACAACAUGGGCUUGGUCUUACCGCCCCGGGUGGCCUGCGUCCAGGUGGUUGUCAUUCCCUGUGGCAUCACGAAUGCUCUUUCUGAAGAAGACAGAGAAGCUCUGAUUGCAAAAUGCAAUGAUUACCGAAAGCGAUUGGUCACCAAUAACAUCCGGGUCCGAGUCGAUUUGCGAGACAACUAUUCUCCAGGUUGGAAAUUCAACCACUGGGAACUCAAAGGCGUCCCCAUCCGGCUGGAAGUAGGGCCCCGAGAUCUGAAGAGUCGUCAGUUUGUGGCGGUCCGACGUGAUACAGGGGAGAAACUGACAAUUGCUGACGCAGAGGCCGAGCCAAGGCUGCAGGUGCUGUUGGAAGACAUCCAUGCCAGCCUCUUCCGCAGGGCCUCUGAAGAUCUCAAGACCCACAUGGUCGUCUCAGACACAAUGGAAGACUUCCAGAAGGCCCUCGAUUCUGGGAAGAUUGUGCAGAUUCCCUUCUGUGGGGAGAUUGCCUGUGAGGAUUGGAUCAAGAAAACCACAGCCAGGGAUCAGGAUCUGGAGCCCGGGGCUCCGUCCAUGGGGGCCAAGAGCCUUUGCAUACCCUUCCAGCCACUCCAGGAGCUGCAGCCCGGAGCAAGAUGUAUCUGCAGCAAGAACCCAGCCAAGUACUACACUUUGUUUGGCCGGAGCUACUAGGGGACUACCAGCCCACCCCACUUUUUAAACUCUUGGUACUAACUUCCCAGCUAGAGACCGUUUUAUGAAUUUUUUUUUAAAAUAAAAGUUCCAAAAGGAAGUUUCAGGGCACAAACACCUUAGGCCUAAAGUAUCUGGAAUGGAGGCUUUUCUGUAAACAACCUGGUAAUAAAUUUCAAGAGCUGUA